AUGUCAGAGUGGGAGAAAGUGACUGACAACGAAGGUAGAGUAUAUUACUACAAUUCCAAAACGAAGGAAACAAGUUGGACCCUCCCCCAAUCAGAAUCUUCAGUUUCCAGUGGUUCCAAAUGGCAGGAAUAUGCUACCGAUGAUGGAAGAAAAUAUUACUAUAACGAGUCCACAGGCGAGACUACGUGGGAGAUGCCGCAGGAAAUGGAGAAAGCUGAAGAUAAAAGAAACGACGAACAAGUUGCUUCGAAAUCAACUGAAGAGAGCCAAUUAGAUCUUCGACUAGCUUCAGAACCAAUCAAAAAGUCAGACUUGGUAAACCCACCAAAGGAUGAUUCAUAUCCCGAAUCAGAGGCAUUUGUGGAGAUGCUUCGUUCUAAUAAGGUUGAUUCGACUUGGUCUUUUCAAGCAGUAAUGUCGAAGUUUAUUGAUGACCCCAAGUAUUGGGCCAUUCCUGAUGCAUUGGAGCGGAAGAAAUUAUACGACGAAUAUCUUGUGACGAGAUUCAAAGAAGAUUUAUCCAACAAGAGUUUAUUGGUGGAGACAUUCAAAAAGAACUUUGUCGAAACUCUAAAGAAAUACGAAGAAAAUGGUAGACUUCUGCGGAAUAGUAGAUGGAUCUCAGUAAAAAAGUUACUUAUCGCUGAAGACAAUCCAAUCUUCAAGCAUUCCAUUUUGUCAGAUGCUGAGAUAGCGGAAAUAUAUUAUGAAUAUAUCUCCAGACUUAAGAAGCAAUAUGAAGAAGAAUUGUCGAAAAACAAGGAUCGUGCAUUAUCUGAACUUGAAUCAUACCUUACCCAAAUUAAUCCCAACAUAGUAUCUAGCACAAGUAAUUGGCAGGAAUUACUUGAAAACCUCAAGGCAGAUGCCAGGUUCAGGGCUAACAAGCAUUUCAAUGUACUCAGUGACGUAGAUUUACUUGAAAUGUAUGAGACAAAGAUAUACCCGACUAUCAUACAAAAAAUUAAGAGCGAGAUUGAUGACGUUCAGAAAAAGAAUUACCGAUCAGACAGGAAGGCAAGACAAAAGUACAAGGCAUUAUUGAAGACACUCGAUAUCAAUGCAAAUUCUAACUUCAAAGACUUUCUCUACAUUCUUGAGAAUGAUGAUUCAUUUAUAGAGCUUUGUGGAAGAAAUGGGUCUACAGCACUCGAGCUCUUUUGGGACAUCGUCGAUGAGAAAUCGCAAGUCUUGAAAUUGAAAAUGUACUUAGUGGAAUCUGUUUUGCUCGAUUUGAAGAAGGAAGACUCUACUUUAACAAAGUCCAAGAUACUACUGUCAGAGAAUAAUUUCAUAGAAUUUUUGUCCAAUUCUAGUGACCAGAGAAUCGAGAAUCUAGACAUUGACCUUAAUGAUGCUAAUGAAACAGAGGUAUUGUAUGGGGCAUUGAAAAGAGAGUUUGAAGCUCAACAAGAAAAGAGACGCGUUCGCUUC